UCAUCAUCUACAACAACACAGCACACGAUUAAUAAAAUAAAGAAUAUCUGAAGUGGAGAGAAAUCUCGGGGGGAAUUUUUGAGGGUUACACCAGUGGGUGGCCGUUUCAAAUUGGAAGAAAACUUUGGAUCCUUGCACAGAUUAAAUAACACACUGACACCAUGAGUUGUCCUGGGAAAAGCAGCACAGAGCCCCAUGUAGUGAAAGAGGAGGUUACAGCUACUGGACAGUGGGUGAAGCUUGAAAAGACCACGUACGUGGAUCCGUCUGGAAACACCAGAAUCUGGGAGACGGUGAAGAGAACAACAAGACCAACCGACACUACUGUAGACGGUGUUGGGAUCAUCGCCAUCCUGAAGAGAACUCUGCAUAAGGACUGUGUGGUGUUGGUGAAACAGUUCAGGCCACCGAUGGGAUGCUUCACUCUAGAGUUUCCUGCAGGUCUGAUUGAUGAUAAUGAGAACGCUGAGACGGCUGCAUUGAGAGAGCUGAAGGAGGAGACGGGAUACAAGGGCGAGGUGGUGGGAGUAACGCCAGUCACGUGUCUGGAUCCUGGCCUGUCAAACUGUAGCACACAAAUCGUGAUGGUCAACAUCAACGGAGAUGAUAUUGAAAAUAUAAACCCCACUCAGCAGCUCGGUGAUGGAGAAUUUGUCGACGUGAUUCUUCUACCUUUAGAUGAGUUUCAGAGGAAAAUAGACGAGUUACUGAGGAAGGAGAAACUCGUCGUGGAUUCCAAAGUGUACAUUUACGCUAUGGGAAUGUCCCAAGCCUUCUUUAAACCCAACGAGCUCCCGGUGCUCAAACAGUGAGACGUUAAAGGCACGAAUCCUCCCACAGUUAUAAGCCGUACAGCACAAAUAAUACAAGUGUAAAAGCUGUCCAUGAGCUGCUGAGAAUGUUUCAACAGACCUCUAAAGUUUAACACAUUACUUGAACAUUCCUAACACUAACUGCACUGGGUACAAAGUAGUAAAGUCUAUUAAUAGUGAUAAAAAAAUGUAUAAGAAUAAAAAUUUUUAGGACCAAAUAAAAAUGUCAAAAUGGCUGAUUUGUUAUCCGCUGCUUCUGAGCUUGGGAUGAUAAAAUCUGUAUUGAGUUUAUAGUACUGUUACAUAGAAAUGCAAAAAAAAAAAAAAAAAGUAAAUUGUAUUAACAUUUGUCUGAAA